AGUGUCGAUGUGGUUUGUGUAGAGACGAGAGGGUGUGUGUUGUUGAAGCGAAAUGUGUACAAAUAGUCACAUUGGCAAAGCAAAGAUUCAGUUAACAGUUGACGGAAGUUUUAUUAUCAGGUGAAAAUCGGAUAUUUGAAGUGAAGUGGUGCUUUUCUUGCUCGGCAGCACAUGCGUUAGUUUAUUUCAAGAAAAAAAGAACAAGUGAGCAGAAUAGUUUACGUUUUGCGGCAAUCAUUUUUAAAUGUAUACGUACUUACUGAUAGCAGCUGUAGCAAGACAUUCUUCACAGCAUGAACUCCGAAGUAGAGUUCCACAUACGAAACAAUGAUACUUGGGCGAAACUCCCUGCUAAUGUUAAACAGAGCCUUGGAAACUCGCAGAAAGAAUACGAAAAAUGGAUAGUCCAAUUCAGCCUCGGAAAUCAAUUGAGAUACAAAGGAAAUCUCAUCAGAUUGGUUCGGAGAGAUGAACGCCGUUAUUAUGAAGAUGUGUUGGAUUAUAGCAAACAAAAUUUAAUGCUAUAUCCUUACCAUCUAUCUGAUGUUGUUGUAAAGGGGCUAAGAGUAACGCCUUUCCAAUACUACACGGCAAUGAUGGAGAGUAUUAUGGCACAGGAGAAGAGCUAUGAUUCUCUUCCUAACUUUACAGCUGCUGACUGUCUCAGAUUAUUAGGAAUUGGCAGAAAUGAGUAUAUAGAACUAAUGAACCAGUAUCGUACUCGGCCGAGGCUCUUUAGAAAGAAGACAAUUAGGGAUCUUUUGCCAGCAAAACCGGCAAAAAUUAUGGUUAAGCCAUGGUGGAAUGUUGAAGUUGGUUUGGUAAUUGAGGAUGAUAUAAAGUUGAUAAGUGAAGAAGAGAAGAAAGUUAUAGAUAAAAUUAUUGAUAAUGGCACUCAGAAAGCUGGUGAUCUUGAUAUUAAUCUGAUACAUAAUCUCUAUUUGAAGGGCCUUAUCUACCUGGAUGUUCCUAUUGAAGAUGAUGACUGUAUAAUUGUACCACCCUUGAAAGGAUUUGUAAUGAAUCGUGUACUGGGUGAUUAUUUUGAAACAUUACUCUACAAAAUUUUUGUAUCCAUUGAUGAACAUACAACAGUGGGUGAGUUAGCAAAUGUACUCCAGAUUGAUCCUCAGGCAGUAAAAAAUGCUGUUUCCUUGUAUUGUCGUCUUGGAUUUGCGUACAAAAAAUGUGUUGAAGAUGAUCCAGAGGAUACAAAUGCUAUCUGGAAAGCGGGUGAUCCUUCUAGUAAGAAGAGCAUAUCAGUAGAACCAGUACCUCUUGACCUGACUUCGCCAUUUAGUGAAGCAGUUACAACACCCACUGAUGAUGCAUCAAGUGGUACAGAAGAGGUCGAAGCAGCCUUCUUAUCAAACCAGCCACGAAGUAUGCGCAUUGCCUUCCUGUUUGAUUCAACACUAACUGCAUUCCUCAUGAUGGGCAACUUAUCUCCAGGGUUGAAGAAUCACGCAGUAACCAUGUUUGAAGUGGGGAAGCUAUCUGAUGAAUCACUAGAUAGCUUUGUUACUGAACUAGAUAGCAUAUCAACAGUGGAUAGUGAAGGUGAAGCUCAACGAUACUUUGAACAUGCCUUCAAUUUACGUUCUACCAUUGGAUUUUUACGGAGCAAUCCUGCCAUGGGACAAGAUCUGAACUUGCCUCUAGAUCUGGUACGCUGUGAAAGCUUGCAGUCUUUAGAUCCUGCUACCUGCACUCGCCUGCUUGUUAAGAAUUACAGGCUGCUUGUUUCGAUGGCACCACUGAGUAAAGAAAUAAGACCAAUUAGCAGCUGUAUGCCACCUCACCUAGGACCUGCUAUUCCGGAAGUAAAUAGUGUGUGGUUUAAACUGUUCAUAUAUUAUAUUACUGGAUAUGGUCCUCCAUCUCUACUUCUAGUGAAAGGUUCUCGAAUUAAGAGGCUACCAGCUGUAUUCUGUAAAUAUGAAAAGCUCUUGGUGACUACAUGGGGACAUGAUCCUGGAGUUCUACCUGUCAGUAAUAUUAUUUUUACCCUCAAUGAAGCACUUUGCCAUUCAGCUGUUUUGGUCCAGGCUUAUGGUAUUAGCCGAGUAGCAGAAACAUUCUUGGUACCAUUUCCGAUGUCUUCAAAACCACUAGCAAUUGGUGGCAGUUUUCAGAAUGUGUGCACCACUGAUGUUGAUUGGAAUUCCCAUCCUGCUGUAAGGAAACUGUCUGACGUUAUUGAUCUGAAGUGCAGCUGUGGCUUUAUAACUAUGGUUGAUACAGAGAACAGUAUAGAUGGCCAUACUAAUAAAAGUAAUUUCUAUAGGCACACUCCAGAAGAAUCUAAGUGCAUUUCGCCUAUCUCCAGUUCAGGAUCUAAUGUUGAGAGCUUUGUAGAAGCUUGGGUGAAAACAGGAUCCCCAGAUGACACAUUUGAAGAGCCCACUAGUGUAGAUUUAUUACCUAGCAAUGGCUUCACAAAUGGUGAAUGUGCUUCUGUCUUAAAAAAAGAAAUAGAUAGCAUAUAUCCUGAAAAAUUAAAUAUUAAAUCAAAGUCUGUUGACAAUGAAAUUAGGAAUGACAGUAGCCUCUUGUCCUCAGAAAAUGAUAGUAGUGAAAAGAGAGAUCUUGAGAAUAUAUCUACAGAUAUAAAUCGAUGGACUCUUUUGGAGUGUAGUUUUGGAAUUCCACUGUUUAACCAGGAAAUAAACAGAGAAAUUUGCAAGAAUAUCCUCCAUUACAAACUGUAUCAAGAAGAUAGUCUGCGUCAACUUACUCAUUCCAGUCGUAAAUUGUGCCUCAACUUGUUGGACUUCAUAGCUAAAUUUCAGGAGUUACCAGUCCUUCAGGAAGAGUUAAGCAAUAUUUACAAUAAACAGCUCAGUAAUGUUGUUUUGCCAACAAGAAAUCUUCUGUUUAUUGGUGGGGAGCUGAGAACUUGGGAUGGAAAAUGAGAACUGUCACAACAAAGGUAGCUGUUUCUCAAGCAGACUGACAUUUCCUGAUCUUCGGUUGGAUUCUUUGACAAAGAGAAAUUCUGUGUUGCAUAAUAUUCAACUAUCCACCAAAUAUCAAUUUGAAUGAGUUUUUAAAUUCCACUUGCAGUCAGAGGUACAAAAUGCUAUCUCUGAUUGUUCUCUUGUGUGACAGCUUAAACAGAAUUUAGUUUCUGUACAAUUCAAUCUAUAUUUUGUUUAGUUUUGUUUAUUUGAGUAUAUACCUGUAGCUACUUUUACACCAUUCCUUCAACAGCUGCCCUUCAUUGUUGGUGCCAAUAGGUUCAGCAGUGUGUUAUCACCAUUACUGUAUUCUAAUCCUAGUUUUGUCCGACCAGGUAGAUAAUAGCAGACUGCAGUUAUCAGUUGUCAUUACAGUACCAAUGACAUGUUUGUAACAUUACAUUUUAAGAUAUAUGUAUUACUCUAUGGGCAAAUAUUUAUUUCCAAUAAUAUUGUAGUAAACUUUAAUUUUAUUGCUUUUGUUGGGCAAUACAAUAUUGUUCUUUAAUGGUAUUGUUUGUUGAUGUUCUUUUUCAACAUAUGUGCAAUUGAUAUAAUUUGACUUUGGUGCUUUUUCUCAUUGCCAGAUACUUAUAGGGAGUUAGAAGUGAAAGCAUUGUAAUUCUAUCUCACAUUUUAGUAUUGUUGUUGUAGAUCAUCACAGGAGCCUGUUGGAAAAAAAUAUUUAGUAUUCUUUAAAUUUAGUGGUUCAUGUUCCUAGCUGUUCAAUCAAACAGCUUUGUGCAAAUUGUCUGGGCUUCAUUCUUUGGUACAAUUAUAUUAGAUGUGUGACUAUUGAACUCUAAUGAUUGUUGCUCUGUUUGGAAGACUCAUCAUCUGCUUCCAUUGUCAUGUGUAUUUGUAUGUAAAAGUUUUCUCUUUUGUUUUUAAAGAUGCUAUGCCUGAAACAAUCUGAGCUUUCAUGGCCUAAGUGUGUUGUGUAAUAAGCAGGUGCAACAUUUCUCAUAAGGCUACAUGGUUUUCUUCUAUUGGUAUUUUGUAAGGUACACAUGGGAAUAAUAGCUAUUGUGUAUAACAUUUUUAGUUUUAUCUAAGUAUUUGUAUGACAUGGACCGAUCUGUUCAGUGUGUAAACUGAAAGAUUAAAUUUCACAUAAAAUGAAUAAUUGAAGUAACAUAGACCACAUAUGUUUGUAGAUUUCUGUAUCAGGUAAACUGACAUGGUUUCAGAGCGGAUUAUCCUCAAAUGUCCCUUUUUUUUCAGUGUGUUAUGUCAAAACCUUGUGCUUUCUGUCUGUUACACCAUUUGCUGUUUUGACCUAGUAUUCUCAUAGUCAGGUAUCAAUCACAGCUUUUAUUGGCAGAGAUGAAUAUAUAAUUUAAAGUUCAAAAUAGUAUAAUUAUCAUAAAAAUCUCAAUUUUCAUACAAUAAAUUGCAAGAAGGCAUGAAGGACAUGGUGUACUGAUAAACACAUCAUUCCACUUUUCUUAGUUGUAGAUAAUGUGAUGAUAUUGAUAAUCUGCAUAUUUUGGCAAAAACUGUACCUUCAUUAAAUUAAAUAAUUGCAUCCCUUUCUUUACAUCCAUGUGGUAUUUAUAACUGACUGGCAGCUACACAAGCUGAUUGCAUAAUUUGGAAUUUUUGCUUGUGAAAGUACAAUGUUAGUAUGGUUUCUUUUAGGUUUGUAUUCUCACUGUUUCUUAAGUGAGGAUGGUUGGAAUAAAAAUUAUUCUUUUCAUGCUGUAUUAGAAUAUUCUUGUUCAAUAAAUCAGAAUUAUAUGUAAUGUGCUCAUAAACUGACCACUGUAGAAGAAAACUGCAGUAACUGCAAGUAUGUUUAAUAUUACAGUGUCAGUUAUCUUUUUGUAUGUUCAAGAAAUAUGGAAUAUAAAAUUGGCAAUAUUCAUUAAAAUGACACACAGCAGCAACUUGUGGAACUGAAAUAUGUGGCACACCUGUUCUAGGUUUGUAGAUAUGGUGAUAAUUUGUAAUUAUUUGAUUACAGUUGUAAGUUCUGUACAAACAGGUGGUCCAUCUGUGAUAGCAAAACCAUUCCAUGUGUGAUGCUUAUUUGUACUAGUACACAGUUUAACUUAUGGAACCAUAUAUUUAUGUUAUUGAGUAAAUGUCCUUAUGCUUUGGUUGUACAGCUGUAUAUAUUUAAUUCUUUUCUAGUCAUUUUGAAAAACAGAGUUUUUGAAAGUGUGUUGGCUUCAGUGUUUAUAACAACAGGUAUUCAUCUUGAAAUUUUGCAAAGAUUUUCACUGAAGUCCAUCAAAGCAGAGUUAGUACAAUCAAAUAUCUUUGAUAAGUGCAAAUGGUGCUAGAAGAGAAGUUAACUACUGAACAAAGUUACUUAACCCCAGUGACUUACAUGUCAUGAUAGUGUAAAAUUUAACUGUGUAAUAUUAUUUUAUUGAUGUAGUGUCUUUUGUAUGUGUUAGGGAGAGGGUUAUGGGAAACUGCAUCAUAAAUAUCUUCAUGUGGUAGUAAUCUCUGUGGGGCAGUGUUCUGAUAGAAUUUUGUCAGUGACAUCACAGAUGACUAUAGUUGUGAUUAUUGACUGCUACUUUAAUUUUCAUGUGAUAACAAGCAGUAAGAGUAUUGUCAGUUAUGUUGACAUCACAUUAUAUUUGUACUUGAGACUUCUGAUAAUGUACCUUAAACAAAUAAGUACUUUGGAUUAAGUACAGUUAAGUAGUGACUGGUACAUGAGUGUUGCCAUAGGUGCUUUCCUUCCCAUUCUGAUAAUGUUUUGUUUUGUGGUGGUACUUCAUAUUUAAUCAUGAAAUGUGGCACAGAAACAUUACAGUUACAUUUAUUCAGUAAUAUGCAUCUGUCACUAUCAUUUCCAAAACUCAGUAAUAUGCCUAGUAACUGAUUACAGUAACACAUGUGCCCACAUAGCUCUUUUGCAACAAGUAUAGGCAGUAUGAAAACUGUGUAAUGGCCAGUCACUACUUAAGACAUUUUACUGUUAGGCUUUAUGUAAUUAAUUAGUAGGAAUAACAAAAUUAAUUAAUUCAUUCCAUUAGAAAGCUUUUUUUCCCCAAAUUUAGUUUUAAAGUAUUGAAUUUCAAAGUUAUUUGAAGUGUCCAGAAACAGUCUGUGAUGGCGAUAUAUGUAAUGGCAUAAUUUGUGAAAGAAUGAGGACUCUUUUUGGUGCAUAUUUGGAUUAAAGUAUCAAGUGAAAUGUGAUAUGUAGUAAAUAUAUUUCAUCAAACUGGCAUACAAUAUGUUGUUUGAUUUUUCUUGUUGCAUUGACUAGCCAAAUAUUCUAAUUGAAAUUGUCAUAGUAGUUGUUACUUAUGUUAUUUUAUAAAUUUGCGUGUUUACAUAUUUAAAGUAUUUAUGUUCAGCUGUAGCUGAUACCAAAAUUUGGAGAGAACAAAUGCAUAUGAACAUACAGAGGCAGUUUAAUUUAACAGACGGCUAGCAGUAAACAAAAUAAAUGACACAUUUUAAGGUCAUAAGAGUUAUUUCGAUGUAACAAUGCAAAAUAAAAUUGUUUAGUUAUGGAAAGAGAAAAAUGUGACAGUUUUUUAGUAUCCUGCACAGUCAAUAAGUCUAUCAGAUUUGGAAAAAUGAGCAUAUGUUUUAUUUGCUUACUGUCUAUUUUGUAUGUAAUUUCUUUUGAGUGAUAAGGAGCUAAUGAAAUAAAUUGGUAGGCAUUUGUCCACUGUGUGUGUACUCAUCAAACGACUGCAUAAUGUGAUCCACAAUUUUCACACAUCAUUGCAUUACAUUUCACUCUAUUUUGUGAAUGUUUUCAGAUGUCUUUCUGUUGUACCAGUUUCUCAUAUAGAAUUAUUUUAUUUAUUUUUGUUGACAUUGUUUAAGUGUCUGAGCUGUGAACUUUUACCUGUGAUGUACACAUUACAAGUGUUAAAACUUGCAUGGAAAUUUGCACACGUAGUGGAAAAAUGUUGUAAAAUGCCUUGUACAGGUCAUUUCUCUUGUUGAAAAUGAGAAAAUUAGUUAUUUGGAGUAGAUGUGGUUAAUUUUCAUUUGACAUCACACCAAAUAUUAAUCAUCUCAUUAGUUUUGGUACUCAGAAACUGCAAUUCUUCAUAGUAAUGUCAGUUAUUCACAUAUUUUUGUGCAAAUUCCUUUACUUUCUGUUAAAGACUUAAAUAUUGUUCCCUACUUGCCAGUAAAUAGCAUCAAGUACUUACAGUUCCCCAGUUGCAAGAAUGGCUCUUGUUCAGUGUAUCAGCUGAAACAAUACAGUGUAUGUAAUCACAUCUCUGGUAGUAUAGAAAGUAAUGUUUGUGACAUUAAAAUGCAUGUCAAUUUUGCUGUCCAGUCACCUGUGCAGAGAACAAGAAAUAAUGAAAGUGUUUAACUUCCAGACCAGGAAGUGUAUCUCACCUUUUAAUACAGUAAGAUGUAAUAGCUCAGGCUAUACAUGUAAGACCUUUGAAUGUAAAAGAAAGAUAUUUUUGUAUAAGACAGUUUUUUAUUCUGUACCAAAUUGAAUAAAAUGUUGAAGUAACACUGUAUGGGUGUUUGUAACCCAUCAGUAAAGACUCAGUGGAAUGUUA